AAUGCAUUUUGUUUUCGUCCACCAGAUGUCACAUAGUGCUCCAAAAUGGCGGGCGUUUUAUUUGAAGAUAUUUUCGACGUAAAAGAUAUAGAUCCGGAAGGAAAGAAAUUCGACAGAGUGAGUCGUCUACAAUGCGAAAGCGAAUCGUUCAAAAUGGAUUUAAUUCUGGAUAUUAAUAUCCAGCUUUAUCCCAUGGAUCUCGGUGACAAAUUUCGUUUGGUGAUCGCGUCCACCCUACGCGAGGACGGAUAUCCGGACGACGGGGAGUGGAAUCCUGUGGAGACGGGAGCAUCCAGGGCAGACAGUUUCGAGUACGUUAUGUACGGCAAGAUUUAUCGCAUCGAAGGCGACGACGGAGCCGGAGAGACUACCCGACUUGCCGCUUACGUAUCGUUCGGAGGACUUUUGAUGAGGUUGCAAGGAGAUCCGAACAAUCUUCAUGGAUUCGAGGUGGAUAAUCACGUGUAUCUGCUGAUGAAGAAGUUGGCAUUUUGAGUCUGUAUUAGAAUUAUUUCUCUCCUUACUCAUUACCGGUAUUUGUGAAUGUCUAUGUCAUUUUUAUAAUGGAAAUUGUAAUGAAUUUGUAUACGUAAAAAAUAAAAGUGAUGUGAAGAA